AUGGCUGGUCAGAACGUGCUGCUCUCUAAGGAUGUGAUGAUCGCCGCGGGGGCGAUCGGGUUCAACUACUCCGUCACCAUGGGCAUCAUCUUCGUGAACAAGCUGCUCUUUCUGCGGACAAAGUUUCCGGUUCUUACCCUCGCCGCGUCGCACCUCGCGGUGAGUGCCUUGUUCACACGUGCCGCGAUGUACGCCGGGGUUUUCAAACCGAGGGACGCCAAGAUGGAUCGGAUGAUUUUUGCCGUCGCCGCGCUGCAGACCCUUGCGAUCUCUCUCGGGCAGGCUUCGCUGAAGCUGAACAGCAUGGGUUUUUUCCAGCUCACGAAGCAGCUGCAGGUGCCUCUGGUCGCGAGCAUCGAGUUCUUCUACCUCGGCAGGAGGCUCUCCGUCAAGAAGGUGGGGCUGUUGGUGAUCAUGACCCUGGGCGUGUGUAUGGCGUGUGCGUCGGAUGUGCAGUUCUCGUGGCUCGGCGCCUUGAUGGCCGCGACGGGCACGGCGUGCACCUCUGUCGAGGCUGUGCUCUACUCGCACCUGCAGCAGAGCCUGGGCUGGGAGACCCUGCAGCUGCUGUACAAGACGAUGCCGCUCGCCACCGCGGGCAUGGCGGUCGUGGCGAUGUACAACGACUUCGGGGUUUCCGCGCCGGGCGGAGGAGUUGGCGGCGGCGGGGACGUGUACGGGGCUGGGUCUGGUAAUUUUUUAACCGGCAUGGACGCGUUGGGCAUGACUCUGUUCUUGUCGUCGUGCGCGCUGGGCAUGGCAGUGAACGUGUCGUCGUGCUUCGUCAACGGAAAGGCAUCGGCGCUCGCCUACGCCAUGCUUGGACUUGCUAAGACCAUCACGGUCAUCCUGGUGGGUAUCGCAUUCUUCGACGGCGUGCCCACCACUCGCGUCGCCGCGGGGACGCUUACGGCGAUUUGCGCCAUCCUCAUGUACACCAAGUUGACCCUCGACGACAAGGCAAAAGCUGCCGCGCUAAAGAACUCAGGAUUAGACGUGAGAGAAGAGACACUGGAGGUGAUGAAGGCGCCGCUGAUGGAAGGUGGUGCGACGAAACGCUGA